AUGACAGAGAGCAUUGACUGGUUACAGAGCCAGAGUGGAUUGUGUAAAAUAAAGCGUUACACACCCAGUGAGGAGGAGGAGGAGGAGAAGGAGCAACAGAACUGGAUGACUGAUUCAGCUAAGCUUUUCCAGCAGACUUCCUCUGAUCCACUCAAGGCCUUGAGCUGGCUCCGAAAAGGUCUGGAAAAGCAGGGCGCAGUUGGAGCCCAGAAUGUGUUGAAUGCCAGUAAUAACGCUAGAAGGGCGAGACCGAGAGGGGUGCCUGCAGGAAGGCAAAGCAUGGCCCAGCGCAAUGUCCGUUCUCCAGGGGCCUACAGUGUCUGCGACGAGGAAUUCAGUCUGAACGUCAGCUCCAACAGGGGGUCUCCCAACUUCCACUUGGCCAUGAAGGCGGGUUGCCAAAAGGAAUCUAAGGAUGAAGAAAGUGACGGUUCUGCUUCACCAAACCCAAAUCCUGACCCAGAUGAAGUCUCUUUUUACUGCAACCGGCUUUCCAACCUCGCCAUAGCAAUGGCACGCAAAGAGAUGAAUGACCGGUCUGAAGGUAACAACACAUGCAUACAUAACACAGUCUAUGCCGCGGCAGGGGACCACGGCCACAGAUCGAUUGGGGUGGGUACAGAGGAGAGCAAGCACAAUCCUACCAGGAUGUGUGAAUGCAAAUAUGAAGAAAGCCCCAGUUCAAAGAAGAAGACUACCUUUUAUUAUAAAGAAGAAAAUACAGAAGUACCAAAUAAAAGCGAGCCUUUCCGGGAUGAAGGCAAAGGGUGCAAUCACAGGAAACGCUUCGGUCCUGAUGAAUACAGCAACUCACUGAGCAAAGGGAUACUGGUUUAUGCCAACAAUGUGGUUUCAGACAUGAUGGUCUCUGUUAUGAAGACUAUGAAAGUGAAAGUAAACGAUUCCAACAUCGCUUGCGCAGUGUUGAAAAAGGUGCUGCUGAAGCACUCCAAAGAGGUUGUGUCCGACCUGAUUGACUCCUGUAUGAAAAACCUUCAUGAUGUCACGGGGACACUCAUGACUGACUCUGACUUCGUUUCUGCUGUGAAGCGGAGCCUCUUCACCCAAGGCAGUCAAAAGGCCUCUGAAAUAGUGCAAGCCAUGCUGAACCGAUUGCACAAUGCUCUGAUUGUGCAAAAGCAGGUAAACGAGAAGGCCAAAUCCCACAGCAUGGCCUUUGCAACCAUUAAGACAGGUCGGGGGGCUGAUGCAAAGACUCAGAAUAUGAGGUUUUCUGCUGCAAAAACAGAAACCAUGAAAGAUAAGGAGAUGACCUGUGCAGAAACAGUUGGCAAUCACAUCAUCAAAGAGGGCCUCAGCAUGUGGCAGCAGAAGCAACAGCAUGACAACGCGGGAUCAAACUCCCCUCCCUCCAAGGCUUUCUCAACCCAAGAGAAUCAAGACCUUUCCAACCUUUCCACAGAUUCCUGGGCAAGAGACCUGAUUGUGACAGCGUUAUUGCUGAUACAGUAUCAUCUUGUGCAGCAGGAGAACGCAAUUAAGGAUGCGGCUGAAGGGGGCCGAGCCAGCAAGGCAGCUGGCACCCUGGGCUUUCUGGGCCAGGAUAAAGGCAUCGGCUCGAUAAAACAGUCCGACGCUUUAAGACAAAGUGAGGAUGAACAGUUUGAGAUGAAUGCGGAAAACGAUAUGUCGAGCGUCGUAGUAAUGCUCAUCCAGAAGCUCAUCAAUGAGACCGUCAACAAAUUAGGAGGAAAUUCAGGGACGCUGAUGGCAGAUGAAGCAUACCGGAGUGCUUACAAGAAUCCGGAGGGCCCAGGUCCUUCGGGCCUUUCAGAAGUGGAUCAUUCUUAUGAAGAUGCCAUAUCUGGACUGACCAAAAUGAUUUUGGACCAGUGUGACGUCAACAGGAAGGAAGGAGGCAGCGGACCAUUCAUUGACAACCUGGUCGACACAGUAACCAAGCUGUGUCUGAUGAUAGCCAAAUAUAGCAAUCCUGAGUCAGGACUCGGAGACAUAGGAGAUGGAGAUGAUCUCGGGGGACCUUUCUAUUCGAAGGGCACAGAAAAUGUGGAAAGCAGAAUUGGGUCUGGUGAAGACACGGCUUCUGGCCGGAAGGUGGUUGUGACUAACCAGAAUGCUCCUGAAAACAUUCACAACAAGCAGCUCCAAGCCAUCCUUCAGUGGGUGGCGGCCUCUCAGCUGAACGUCCCAGCAUUAUAUUUCAUGGAUGAUGAUGAAGAAACCCUGAACAAGCUUCAACAGCUCUCCACGGUGGCUGUGGAGAGGAACUACAGCGUUGGAGAAGUCAUGCAAGCCGUGCUGAAGUAUGAGAAGGAGAGGCAGCUGGGGGAGGCCCUGGGCAACUUUGUGCGGCUGCCAGUCCUGGACUGGCUGCUUCAGAACCUGUAA